GGACUGGAUGCAGGUAAGUGGAGUCGGUUCCAGGGCCUCGUUGGUGCCCCCGCUCUGAGUCUGAGGAAUUGUGUCCUAGGUCUCUGCCUGCCACUCGCACACUCCUGGACCUGGGAACUCGGAGGAAACACCAAAACCAGAGCUGUGUCACCUUUGAGGACGUGGCUGUUUACUUCUCCCAGGAGGAGUGGGGGCUCCUUGAUGAGGCUCAAAGGCUGCUGUACCUUCGCGUGAUGCUGGAAAACUUUGCACUUGUAACCUCUCUGGUUUAUUGGCAUGAAGCAGAGGAUGAAAGGAUACCUCCUGGGCCAAGGGUUUCUGCAGAAGAAGCAUCACACAUCAGGACUCCAAAACAAAGUCCAUCUUUCCAAAAGACUCACCCCUGUGACAUUUGUAUACUAGUCCUGAAGAAUAUUUUGCAUCUGGAUGAUCUACCUGGACAGAAACUGUACUUUUCUGGGGCCUGUGAAAACCUUCACCAGGAACAGAAACAUCAAAGUGCAGAGAACACAUUAAAAAGAGAAGUGAACAGUGCCUCCUUUGUGAAGAGCUGCAUAUUCCAUGUGUCAGGGAAUCCUUUCCUCUGUAGGAAGACUGGAAAGGACUUCCCUGAUAAGUGGGUCAUUCUUCAGCCCCAGGCCAUUCCCAAAGGUGAGAAGCCAAACACAGUCAGAGAGUGUGGGGAGGCCUUUCACUGUGGGAAAAAUCAUUGUAAGUCAGGAGCAUGCAGAGACACUUCCAGCCACAAACACACACUUGUUCGUCAUCUAAGAGUCUGCACUGGAAAAGGGGGUUUUGAUGCUAGCAAAUGUGGAACAGCCUUCCAAGAGAAAUACUCACUUGUUCCGUUCCAGAGAGUCCAUGCUGGAGAAAGGCCUUAUGAAUGCAGUGAAUGUGGAAAAUCUUUUAGCCAAAAAGCCACCCUUAUUACACACCAGAGAGUUCAUACUGGAGAAAAACCAUACAAGUGUGGUGAAUGUGGAAAAUCGUUUAGUCAAAGCUCAAACCUCAUUGAACACUGCAGAGUUCACACUGGAGAAAGGCCUUAUGAAUGUGAUGAAUGUGGAAAAGCCUUUGGGUGCAAAUCUAACCUUGUUCGACAUCAGAGAACUCAUACAGGAGAAAAGCCAUAUGAAUGUGGCCAAUGUGGGAAAUUCUUUAGACAGAGCUUUAGCCUCGUUGAACAUCAGAGCAUUCACACUGCAGCACGGCCUUAUGAGUGUAGCCAAUGUGAAAAAUCCUUUAGUCAGAAAGCUACUCUCAUUAUACAUCAGAGAGUUCACACUGGAGAAAGGCCAUAUAAGUGUGGGGAGUGUGGGAAAUCCUUUAGUCAAAGCUCCAACCUUAUUGAACACUGCAGAAUCCACACUGGAGAGAGGCCUUAUGAGUGUGGCGAAUGUGGAAAGUCUUUUAGUCAAAGAGCCACCCUCAUUAGACACCAGAGAAUUCACACUGGAGAAAGGCCUUAUGAAUGUAGGGAAUGUGGCAAAUUCUUUAGACAGAACUUUAGCCUCAUUGAACACCGUAGAAUUCACACUACAACAAAGAUUUAUGAGUGUGGCCAGUGUAGGAAAUCUUUUAGCCAAAGAGCUACACUCAUUAGACAUCAAAGAGUUCACACUGGAGAAAGGCCUUAUGAAUGUGGGGAAUGUGGCAAGUCCUUUGGAUACAAAUCCAAACUUGACCGACACCAGAGAACUCACACUGGAGAAAGACCUUACGAGUGUGCUGAAUGUGGGAAGUUCUUUAGGCAAAGCUACAGCCUCGUUGAACACCAGAGAGUUCACACUAGAGCAAGACCUUAUGAGUGUGGCCAGUGUGCAAAAUCUUUUAGUCGAAGAGCUGCCCUGGUUAAACACCAGAGAGUUCACACUGGGGAAAGGCCUUAUAAGUGUGGGGAAUGUGGAAAAACCUUUAGUCGGAGCACUAGCCUUAUUCAACACUGCAGAAUCCAUACUGGAGAAAGACCAUAUGAGUGUGACCAGUGUGGGAAAUCUUUUAGGCAAAAGUCUGUUUUAAUUCAACAUCAGGUAGUUCACACUGGAGAAAGGCCUUAUGAAUGCAGCAAGUGUGGGAAAUCUUUUAGCCAACGCUCAAGCUUCUUUCAACACCAAAAAUGUCACACCAUGGGAGUGCCUCACAGAAGCAGCAGAUAUGGGGAAUCCCUCAGCCCAGGGUCUCCUGUUGCUUAGUUUCUGAAAGCCUAUGCAAGAAAGGCCUUAAACCUGCAAAGGAAUAUGCUGUCUUUGCUCACUGUGACAGCACUAGAGAGCUUUUAUAAAGAGGUCACCACACGUAUUUGCAUGCUUCCAGAGGGCUGAAGGACCCUGUGAGUUGCGGCACAUGUGAGGAGGAUGGGAGCUGCUCUGAACAUUUUAGACUGCUGCCCUCACCAAAGUUGAAUCACAGCCACAUUCUCACAGAAGUUGUCUCCCAUCUAGCCCCAAGCACCUCAGCACACACAGACUCGGAUGCCUGUGUUCUCCUUAUUCUGUAGCGGGAAUCUCCAAUAACCUGAUCCAUGAGAGUAUUUUUCUUACUAUUGUGUGUCUGUGUUCUGGCUAAGGGGACCCAGCCCGGGCUCAGCUGGAGGCUUGGGAAGUCUUCAUUAAAUUCUUGGCCUCAUGUGACACUUGUAGUUGAUGAUUACAGAUUUCAAGUUACUAACCAGUAGCUUCCUGUUGAGCAUUGCUCUGAUUUGUGGACUAAUAAAGGCCUUUUGUUUGAUCUACUUUUAAUCAGGGGGUUCUGUUCACAGCCUUGGGUGGGUAGAAUAUGGAUGAGUCCUGUUUGUAUUAAAAGAUGGACAGCUUUUAUAGGACCUCUUCAUUUUGUGUCUCAGUAAAGAACUUAGUGGCAGAGAGUGGUUCUCUUUCUGUUUUGUUUAACAUGAACUACUACCCAAGACCCCCAUUGGAGCAGUGCAGGGCUUUGGGGUCCUAGUUUGGAGCCUCAAUGCCUCUGAAUUUAUUUUUGUUUUAGAUCAGAGAUCACCUUAAAGAGGCGUCAGUUGUUAUGGCCAUGUUCAGUACUUUCAGAAAUACUCUGAAUUUAUUUCAUUAUUCCCACAUAACUUCCCAUAAAACUCAGUAUUGUUGAGGGAAACUUCAUUGGGUUCUACAGUCAUGCAGUCUGACAUCCAUGAUGCCAUAGGUCAGCAUCACUGAUACAAGAGUGCAGGAACCAGGUACGAACACCACUUGGAACAGAAGUACAUGGAGUGAUCAGUGGAGUGGAGGGCUGGCAGACAGAACGUGUUACUUGUAAAAGUGCACCCCAGAUCCUAGGACUAACAGAUCAUGCUACUUCCAAAUCUUGUGUUCCACUGUGGUCAGGAUCAUUAUCGGUAGAUACUCAUGCUCUUGUCAAGUUCUCAUCAUUUUUCUGGGCUGUUCACCUAAGUCUAAAUGGGGAAAAGAAAAAAAAAAAA